AAUCGGACGCGACGAGUUUUGAGUGAAAUUGUAUUGUUUGUUUUUUAAAAACUAAAUGUUUUGCAACCAGUUACCCCCUAUAUUAAAUACUUAAAAUGAUGGCGCGUCGCGGGGGAAAGCGCAUACGGAUGGAUGAUCCGCCUCCGGAAUACGAUGAGUUGCACAGCGAUGCGCUAAACGAGAGCACUUCAGAUGCGGACAGUCCCACCAAGAGGAUGACCCGGCUGCGGGCUAGAGGUGGCGUACGGGACAAACCCCCCAUAAUUGAUGAUGACGAGGACGACUUCUACGCGCCAAUUGCGCGCAAACGUAAGACUCCAGCCACCCGCAAGGGACCAACAGAACGUAAGGAACGCGUUGAACGGCCGCGCAAGGAGCCCGUGGACAAGGGACACAACGAACGGAUCGACAACGAAAGGGAGAUAACCACAGACGAGAACAGUUUGUACUACAUUGUCCGGCACUCCAAGAAUCCCAUUGCCAGCAUUGUUGAUCAGUGGAUUGAACAGUACAAAGCAAACAGAGAAACGGCGCUGGUCGCAUUGAUGCAAUUCUUUAUAAAUGCCAGCGGCUGCAAGGGAAAGAUAUCCGAGGAUAUACAAUAUCCAGUAGAUCACACAGCUAUUAUCCGACGUAUGACCGAAGAGUUUGACGAGGAAAGCGGAGAAUAUCCCUUGAUCAUGACCGGAACUCAGUGGCGAAAGUUCAAAAAUAAUUUCUGCGAUUUUGUACAAACGUUAGUGAAGCAGUGCCAGUACUCCAUUAUCUACGACCAAUUCCUGAUGGACAACGUCAUUUCCUUGCUGACUGGACUCUCGGACUCGCAAGUGCGAGCCUUUCGACAUACAGCCACAUUGGCGGCCAUGAAGCUUAUGACUGCUUUGGUGGAUGUGGCUUUGCUGGUUUCGAAUAACUUCGACAAUGCUGCGAAGCAAUUCGAAGCUGAACGCGUGAAGUCCCGCGAUCGCCGCGCCUCCGACCGUUUGGACUCACUUAUGACUAAACGGUCUGAAUUGGAAGAGAAUAUGGAUGAGAUUAAGAGCAUGUUGACAUACAUGUUUAAGUCUGUGUUUGUCCACCGAUACAGGGAUAGUCUGCCAGAUAUACGGGCCAUUUGUAUGGCAGAGAUUGGUAUCUGGAUGGAAAACUAUCCGCAAAACUUUCUUGACGACUCGUACUUAAAGUAUAUUGGUUGGACACUCCACGACAAGAUCGGAGAAGUGCGUCUGCGCUGCCUGCAAUCCCUGCUUCCUCUAUACGAGAAGGAUGAGCUCAAGGGAAAACUCGAGUUGUUCACGUCCAAAUUUAAGGACAGGAUUGUGGCCAUGACCCUAGACAAGGAGUUUGAAGUCUCCGUACAUGCUGUGAAACUGGUGAUCAGUAUUCUAAAGAUCCACCCAGAGAUUUUGGCAGACAAGGAUUGUGAAAUAGUAUACGAGUUGGUUUAUUCCUCUCAUCGCGGGGUGGCACAGGCUGCAGCAGAGUUUUUAAACGUCCGCCUGUUUCAUUUAACUGCUGACAUGGAAGAGACCAAAACCAAACGUGGCAAAUUGCGAAUGCCCAAUACACCGCUGGUUCGGGACUUGGUGCAGUUUUUUAUCGAAUCCGAGCUACACGAACAUGGCGCAUAUCUAGUAGACUCCUUUAUCGAUAGCAAUGAUAUGGUAAGGGAUUGGGAGUGUAUGACAGAUCUACUCCUGGAAGAGCCUGGUCCCAAUGAAGAGCUUCUUGACAACAAGCAGGAAUCAACGCUUAUCGAGAUCAUGGUCAGCAGCGUUAAGCAAUCAGCCACUGGAGAAGUUCCAGUUGGGAGAGCUAGCAAUCGCAAAUGUACGCUUAGUGCCAAGGAAUUAAAAGCUAUUCAAGAUGAGAAAGCCAAACUGACCGAACACUUUAUAGUCACUUUGCCGUCAUUGCUAGAGAAGUAUCAGGCAGACAGCGAGAAGUUGGCGAACCUUCUUGCAGUUCCCCAGUACUUCGAUCUCAAUUUGUACACCACCAACAGACAAGAAAGCAAUCUGCAGGCCCUGUUAGACCGAAUCGACCAGGUGAUGAGCAUGCACACAGGACGCGAGGUUCUGGAAACGUGCGCAAAAACUCUUGAAUGCCUUUGCGCCGAGGGAAGUGCCACCUACACCAGAUGCAAUAUUGCUAGAUCCAAUAUCAUAGAGAGCUCAGUGAACAAGUACAAGGACGCUAUCGAGGAGUGGCGCAACCUCAUACAAGGCGAGGAGACCCCUAAUGAGGAUGACAUCUACAACAUAACCAUCACUCUCAAAGUCCUUUCUAUCUUGUACUCCUCGCACAAUCUCAACCCCUGGGAUCUGUUUAAGUCCCUUUUUCAGGACGUCGAGGAGGCUCAGUCCAAAGAAAAUGUUGAGCGCUGCCUGCCCAACGAAGCUUUAGCCUAUUGUAUAGAGGCAUGCUAUUUUUCUAUUACAUGGGGACUUCACUAUGUAGAGAACGAAUGCGAGACAGUCAACGUUGGCGAGUUGGUGGCUGAGUUGCGCAAGAAUUUGGAUGCCUUUAUGGGAGCCUGCUUUGAACUAACUCGCGAUGGACCUACAGUGCAGAUUCAAGAAGCAGCAUACCAGUCCAUUUGCGAUAUGCUUAUAAUAUUCUCCGAUAAGUUAGCUCGAAGUGAGAUCGAACACAUUCGAGGUUUGGAGUACAAGUCGCGAAUGGAUGAGCACCUCAUCUUGGACAACUUUGUGCAGCACUAUGUGUUCUCCCUUAAACAAGACGUUGCACAAGAUGAGACACGAAUCGAGGAACUACAUAAGAAACGUAACUUUUUGGCAUGUUACUGCAAGUUGGUAGUUUAUAAUAUAAUACCAACAAUGCGGGCGGCGAGCAUCUUUAAAUAUUAUGUUAAGUGCUACAACGAUUACGGGGAUAUUAUUAAGGCGACAUUAGGAAAGGCCCGUGAGAUAAAUAAAGUAAACUUUGCCAUGACCCUUCUUCUGAGCCUUAUCACGGUUUUCAAGAGUCUGCAAGAGCAGAGUGAGGAUGGUAUUGUUUCAAAAAGCUCGCAAGAAUUUGUGGACCUUAAGGAGUUGGCCAAGCGAUUUGCCCUCACAUUUGGCUUUGAUGCUAUCAAGAAUCGCGAAUCUGUGGCCGCCAUUCAUCGGGGUGGCAUCUACUUUGCUGCCAACAAAGAGCCCGAUGAUCCGGUAAGAGCACCAACACGUCUGCUAUUCCUGGAGGUUUUAAACGAGUUUAACUACAAGCUGCUUAAGCAAGACAAAAAGGUGAUAAUGAGCUUCCUUGACAAGAUCAUCCCACCCGCCAUGCCGUCCAGCCGAGCCGAGGAAUGGCAGCCACUAAUCUUAUACCGCAAUUCCUUGUUACAUGGAGAAACUGAUCAAGCCCCAGUUGCCAGCAAACGAGCAUAUACACGUAAACGUAGGGAUCAUGAUGAAGAAGAAGAGGAGGAGGAAGACGAUGAAGAACACAAUGAUCCCGAUUACAGGGGCUAGAAUCCAAUCAGAACAUAUUUGUCUAAAGUGCAAAACCUCCUUUUCAGAGAUGAAGUAGAUUUAAGUGCAAAAUCUCUUUCCAGGAGAUCAAGUAGUUUUAGGUUUAAAGCCAAUAUUAUGUACAUAAAUAAAGUUUAAAUUAUAAA